UUUGAUGCGAUAUUUUCUUCCUGCUUGAGAUUAAGGACUGCAGAUCGUCAUAAUUCAGUUAUAGUGACAACCCACUGACUUGUCUUACUGUCGCUGAUCUAAGAUUUGUUUUAGUUUUACAUUUCUGAAGUGUUUUCCUCUUCAUUUGGACUUAAGCUAGUUGACUUCUAUAUGUGUAUGGAUUUGUGUUGCCCGUUUAACAAAAAAAACACUACUUGCAACAAUCGGAUGUGACCAUUACCAAGACAUGGUGAUAUUUCGAAUAGUUGCUGUACUCUGCCUGGUGCAAUCAUGUAUGACAGUGACGGUACAAAUAAACGGAACAGAAGUUGACUGCAGUAAGAACUGUGUGUGUUGUCAAGGAGGAACGCGUCUAUGUGGAUUUAAGAGAGGUUUUGGAGACAACCAUUGUUUUGAUGGCUGUGUUGACACCAUAUUCGGCUAUAAAUGUCAUAAUUCCUGUCCCGGUAACUGCUAUAAGUGCGGACAAGCUCAAGGCACCCCAUGUAUCACAUGCAAGGCCAAAUUCUAUGAUAAAGGUAGUAGUUGUAGCAAAAGCUGCCCAGUAGGCUGUCAUGGCGGAUCAUGUUAUGAUGAUGGAACUUGUGGUCAGUGUAAAUCAAAUUACGAAGGAACUACAUGCGAACCAUGCAUACAAGGACGAUUUGGUGUAGACUGUGCAAGUCAUUGUAAAUACCAGAACUGCCGAUGUGCAUAUUAUACUGGUUGUGAGUCAUGCAAAACGGGAUUCUACGGAAAAAACACCUUCUGUCAAACAACUUGUUCCAAGGGAUGCCUGGAUGAUGUUUGUAAUGACGACGGAACUUGUAAUUGUACACAAUUAUUCACUGGUUUGUCCUGCACGGAAUGUAUUGGUGGCAAUUAUGGAGAGGACUGUAACAUGACUUGUUCAGAUGGAUGCACUGGUGGAAACUGUAUGAGAAAUGGGACAUGUUAUCAAUGUAAUCCUGGAUCUUAUGGGGAACAAUGCAACGAUGUGUGUUCUGCUGGAUGUAGUAAUAGCGUUUGUAUGAGGAAUGGGACAUGCAAUCAAUGUAAACCCGGAUAUCAUGGGGAACAAUGCAACGAUAUGUGUUCUGUAGGGUGCGGUAAUGGAGUUUGUAUGAGAAACGGAGAAUGCACGUGCAAGGUUAACUUUAAUGGUACUAAAUGUGACAUGUGUAAAGACGGAAUGUUCGGGAAUUAUUGUCAACAACAAUGCAGUAUUGGGUGUUCUUUGUCCUCAUGCAACAGAAGCGACGGAUCUUGUGAUUGCUUUCCUAACUUUACCGGCGUUAAAUGUGAUCAAUGUGUAGACGGAUUUUACGGACAAUCAUGUAGCUUCAAUUGCUCACGUACAUGUAUUGGUGGGAUAUGUUCAAUGUCUAAUGGUAGUUGCACAAACGGCUGUAACAAUGGCUAUUCGGAUAAUAAUUGCUCAAUCCCUUGCAAUUCAACCUGCCUGAGUUGUGAACAAAAUAAUGAGAAUAAUUGUAUUCUAUGUAACAAUGGAAACAGUGGAUCGACCUGCAAGUGUCUUUCACAUUGCGUGUGUACAUAUGGGAGUGACAAAUGCAAUUCUUGUUCCAACGGAUUCAAAAACCCUGCAAAUAAAUGCAAAUGUCAUAAUGAUUAUUGUUCUUCUGACAAAUCAAACAUAUCCAAUACUUGUGAUCGAUGUAUGAACGAAUCCUUUUACGUCAACAACGAUACAUGCUGUGAAUGUCCUGAAACUUGCAAGAACGGAUUAUGCUCAACGGGACCGCUAUGCAAAGAGGGGUGCAUUGACGGUUUUUAUAGCGAAUCAUGCUCAAAGAAAUGCACAGACAUUAACGCAAAGUGUUUAAAAUGUAACCAGACAACGGGUAGAUGUUUAAAAUGCGAAAAAGGUUUUUAUCCAGAAAAUAAUGAAAGCAAAUGCAUUUCCUGCCAAUUUAAUUGCAAAGAUAAAGAGUGCAGCUCUGAAUCUGGAAAAUGUAGCAAUGGUUGUGGCGGACACUUUUGGGGAGACAUGUGUAACCUUCCAUGCCAUUCAAAUUGCAACACAUGUCAACAAGAAUCGGGAAUCUGUGAUUCAUGUAAAGACUCAACUGUCCACGGUUUGUAUUGCAACGAAUCAUGUAGCAAAUCGUGUUUGGAAAACAAAUGUGAACGAAAUACUAGCUAUUGUUCCAUUGGUUGCACGGGACAUUUUUAUGGGGAUUUAUGCGAGACGAAAUGCCCUGGAAACUGUCGAUUAAGUGGAACAGAAUCAAGUUGUGAUGACGAUGGCUUUUGCAAAUUUAACUGCGUUGAUGGCUACGAAGGCGAUGACUGCACAAUAAUACAAGUCAAAAAGGAAGCGGAAGCAGCCGGACCUCUAGUAGGCGCGAUUGCUGGGGGUAUUAGUGGUGGUGUUUUAAUCACCAUUGGCGUCGUGGUUGCAUUCUUUUUUCUUCGACGAAGAUCUAUUCGCCUGUCUGCUUUUAACGAAAACAUGAUAAAUGAAUAUACAACGCUCGAACAUAUCAUUAACGACGGAAGCGCAAAAGAGUAUGAAGAAUGCAACGCGGUUCAUGAGAGUUCUUUCAGUGAAGAUCAGACGUAUUACAACGAACCUGAAUCGUCAGCUAAUAACACAAAGAUAUCAAUUAGUCGUCUCGUCAAGUAUGUGGAUAAAAAAACUCAUGAUGAUCUUAGUGAAGAAUUUAAGAUAUUUCCCCGCGGACUUGUUAAGUCCUAUGUGGAAUCACAAAAGAGGGAGAAUACCAGUAAGAAUCGAUACAAAGGAAUAUAUCCAUAUGAUGACUCCAGAGUAAAAGUCAUGGUCAGUGGGGGCUCAGACUACAUAAACGCCAGCUUUAUUGACGGCUAUAAAAGGCCGAAGCAGUAUAUAGCCACAUUAGCUCCAAUGUCCCAACAAUUAGGUGAUUUCAGCUUGUUUUGGAAAAUGAUUUGGCAACAAAGGGUUGAGAAGAUUGUCAUGGUUACCAACCUUAUUGAACAGGGAUCCCAUAAAUGCGAGCAAUAUUGGCCAGACCCUGGGACAACUAAGGCGUAUGGUGAAAUACAGGUCGAAAGCCGCUCAGAGGAUGAAUAUGCUGAGUUUACCAGAAGGACUUUCACGGUGACGACGGGGACCGAAGAGAGAACGUUGCAUCAUCUGCACUUCACGUGUUGGCCUGACAAAGCCAUACCCGACGAUGUUACUGCGAUCAUAGAGUUCAGACAGCGGGUUCUGAGUACGCCGAGUACACUAAAUGGACCAACGGUUGUGCACUGUAGCUCUGGUGUCGGAAGAACAGGCACCUAUAUUGCUCUGGACGUCCUUACGGAAGAAGGUGAAACUGAGAAAGCUAUUGAUAUAUCUGGGUGUGUCCACAAAAUGCGUCAGAAUAGGCCGAAUAUGGUUCAGACACUGGAGCAGUAUAUGUUUCUGCACACCGCCGUGCUGUAUUCACUAACUUUUGACUGCAAACAAGUCAGGGGAGAGAACUUCAACCAAUACAUGAAAAACAACACUACACAACAACUGAAUAAUACGUUCAUGCAACUGCAGCAUAUGGUCGAUAAACGAUCUAAGGAUGAAACAGAAGCGGUUGAACUUUAUAAACAGCUCCUGAGUAAAAAUAGAGCAAACGCCGAUAUCCCUGGUAAAGGAAACAGACACAGCCUUUAUCAAAAUCUAAAACUAGGAGCUUCAGUCAACAUCGAUGCUGUGUAUAUAGAUAGCUUCGGAAUCAAGAAACGUUAUCUUGUAGCGAAGACUCCACUUCCAGAGACAGUUCUCGAAUUUUUGACGCUCGUUGUCCAAGAGAAGUGUUCAUGUAUCGUCAGCUUCCCAGAUGAUAUGGACAAACAAAAGAAUGUCGGAACAUAUUACCCUGCGGAAAACAAAGGCGUUUUGAAGAAGGGAUUGUUUGAAGUAAGCUGCACAACAGAAGACAAGAAAACAUUCUACGCAGAACGAUUAUUGCAAAUACAGCAUAAAGGGGCAGGAACGACCGCUGAUAUAACCAUUCAACAUCUUCAAUUUACCGACUGGGACGUAAUGAAGAACAUUCCAAGAUCAACUACAAACUUUCUGUCAUUUCUGAAUGUGAUAGAACAUGUCACGAACAAGCAAGAUGACGGUCCAAUAUUGGUCCAUUGCUUUGAUGGAGCGGGAAAGAGUGGUCUGUUCUGUGUGGUUUCGCUGCUUCUCCACAAGAUGAGCGUUGAACAUGAAGUCAGUGUACUUAACGCUAUAAGGAAGGUCAAAACGACGCGGAGGCUUGCGAUUCCAAAUCAGGAACAAUUUGUGUUUUGCCAUGGAUGCGUUUCGGAGUAUAUUAGUUCGUUCGGCGUAUACACAAACAUUAACGAGGAAACAGGGAUACCUUAAUGUGUUGCCCGACCGUCAGUCGACUGUAAAACUGGAGAUACCUUAGAAUACAUUCAUUGUAUACACGUAUAUUUAGCGCGCUGUAUUGUGCAUACAAUAAUACAAAUAUAUAAUAUCAUGCAAAUUUGUGCAAAAAGUCCGUGUUAUUUAACUGUAUAUAAUAUUUUUAUUUCCAUUAUUUGUUAUUAGUGACUUUCUUUUUUAUCAGAUCAACAAAAUACACCCUUACCCUAUUAUAUUCAGCUAAAUUUGUGUUUAAAGUGUAUUGACAACCAAUAAUAUUCACUUGUUCCAACUCUGAACUUUUAAAAACGUGUGUUUGAUAAUGUUUAUGAAACGGGAUGAUUCAAGUGAGUAUCAUGUAAGACGAUCUUUAUCCAUUGCAGCAUAUUGUAAGAGAGAUAUUUCAGAGGUAUUUGAUUGUAGUUCAUAUUGUUAUUAUUUUGACAUGUUUUACUUACAUGAACAUACACAUCUGUGUUACAAAAUGCCUUUCAAAACACAACAGAAUUGAAUUCCAUUUACGUCGGUAACACAAGAAUGCUAAGAAAGUUCUCCAGACACAUACUUAUUGAAAUGUUUAAAUAUUUACAGAAAAUUAUAUGUGAAUAUAUAGUGAAUAUCAUUAUCAAAUACGACAUGGCAUGAUAAUUUGCUAACUUGUUUGUAGGUUGAACAAUAUUCUCGUCAACAAUUUGUUGUCUUUUUGAGAGAUUUUAUCUCCAUAGAAAGCUCCAUGUAUAUUUAAUGAAUAAUAACAACAUUCCUAUAUAUUUACGUGUUUACAUUAUGUAACGAAUGAGUAAUGUUAAUCCGUGUGAUUCUGGUAAUAUUGUCCUAUAUGAAUGAGUUGUUUCAUGUAUGUAAUGCCUUUAAUUUUUGUUCUAACAAAAUAAGUAAGUGUUGAAUAUACAAGUCUUCAAGCAUAAAAACAGCAAUCCAUAGAAAGAAAUUCGUUAAAGGCAAACAAGCAUUUUAAAUUGCAGGUUUACACGAAUACAAGGCCUGAACAGACUAUGAACAAACAGAUGAUGUACAGAAUGUAAAUUUAAAACUUUAUUAAAAACAAUAUGUCCGGCAUGCAAUACGUCAUAUAUAAGCAGAUCAAAUAAACAACAAAGGCACAAUGGAAAACGGCUAAUAACAACUUACUUAAUGCUAAAAAUGAAAAGAAAAUCUAGUUUGCCUUAAAACAAUUUAGUAAUGUUGAAUUUAAAUAAAAUAAACUCUCCUUUGUUUUAAACAGACAAUUUAGCGUGACGGGCUGUGAUUGUCUGCUUUUUUUAAUUACGCUCACAAGAACGAUCUUAACUAUUUCAUUUAAAUUGAAUCUGCUAAGCAAAAUGUUUUGGGUAUUAAAAAACUGAGAUUCUUUAUAAUAUAUGUUUGUUUGUUUGUUUUUCAUUUCUGCAACUUAAUUCAUACAUGGCUUGGGUUAUUUUAUUUAUCAUGCGUAGUGUUUUAUCUUUCAAAAUAUUAUUAAAUUACAUUAUCAUAACGACAAUGAACCUCAAAAAAAUAAAAAAAAG